GAGGAAAUACACAUCGAUGGAUAAAUCGUCGAAUGAUGAUUUAACGCUCGAAUUACCGAAAGGAUACUCGAGGAGAAAUUGAAAUGGAAAGAAGAAUCGGAGAGAGAAAUUUUCGAAAUCCUCUCGAUCGGUUGGAACAAAGUUUCGUAAUUCGUUGCUUACCCGUUUUUCUCGGUUUCGCCAUUCCGAAAUCCUCAUUACCCUUCCUCAGCCCUCCCCGUAAUUAGUCCUGCGAUCGAGAUAAGCGAGGUAUUCGACAAGACGGAACGAGUCGUAUCGCUCGCUAGCUUCUCGACUCUAACCUCUUAAUACCUUAAUCCGCUUACGUCGUGACCAGAUUUUACGCGCCCUGCCCGGAUUACCAGCUAUACCCCGUUUUAAUCGCCCCAUUUUAUCCCCCCCCCCACCUUUAAUUUCGCCUUUCAAUUAUCUUUACGACAUCUUUUCUCGGCGCGCGAACCCUCGGUGCUCGAUCGAGAAUCCAUCUCCGGCGAGAGAAGAUGUAUUCGCGCGUUUCUUCUCCCCUCCCUUCCCUUCUUCUUUUUGCCAACGGCGCCCGAAACUGAGAUCGAACCCCGGCUGCUGUUAAAUCAACGGCAACUAGUUAAGCGGACAGGCAGGCAACGGUGUGAAAAAUUGCAACUGCCGGUGAUAAUAAGCGGGCAGGAUUUAUAAACAAGCUACGAAGAGAGUUGCGUUUCGACCGUGUCGGAUAUCCGCACGCGACACCGGGCGUGCGUUUGCUUCGAAUCGACCUCUUUCUCGCGCGCGAGAGGGAGAGAGAGGACGAUGCCCGGAAGGGGUUGCAUCGGGAGUAACUCGUGCCGCGCUACUAUUACUGUAAAUACGCCGAGCGUGUGUUUCGUUCUAAGCCGGCGGAACUUUACGCGACGCGGCCGCGAUGAAAACUGCAGCCCGGUUCUACGGAAAUCGGCCCCCCCUUUCGCUCCGCGUUUCGAGCAAUUACGAAUUAAAGCCCGAGAGAAAGUCGCUUCCCCUCGCGUCGAGGUAAAAAGUGUUCAAAGCGUGUGCGUGUAUGCGUGGAAUUUAAAUAUUUGUUCCUCUUUUUCGCCCCGCCCUCCAGCGAUUAACGAUGGCAAUUUAAAACUGAAGAAAAGAGAAAAUCUUGGUAUUUAGUAAGGCUUAUCGAGUCAUCGCGCUGUCUUUCUUCGCGCCAGUGACCCGAGGAAUAUGCUGGGCCGCGUUGGAGAGAUCGAUAAUCGAGCGACGAAUUUGAAGAGUAAGCGGUAUCGUUGAAACGUGGAAUUUUAGAAAACUCGAAUCCCUCCUCGUUGACUCCCUUCACCCGAUACAGGAAACGAGUUAAUCAUCCGUGCUGUCUCGACGUCCAAACUCUUUGCUCAUUAGUGGGAUUCCAUUGUUCACGCUCGUGAUACGUAUAUAUAUACGGAGUUGUAUAAAACGGGAGGGUUGAAUUGCUCUCGGAACUAUUCGAUCGCGGCGACACAAUGGAUGAAAUAUGAAAUGCAUUACGGUAAAUAGAUUUCGACGGUCGUCGAUCACCACGCAAAUACCAUUGUCGCGCGGGCAAUAAUUGUCCGUUGCCCCUUGUUUUAUCGUUCGAAAUCGUAGCCUAUCGAAGCGACGUUUAAUCCCGAGUUGUACGAAGGAUCGAGAAGAAGAAGAAGAAAACGGCGGCUCACGUUUCGACCGAGUUUACGAGCCACGAGUGUAUUUGCUCGUCGAAAUCCAUAUGGCGACGGUUUACGGGUGACGUAAACGGGUUCUCGAUCCGUCCUUGGCCCCUCCUGGUUUAUGGUCCGGUUACUCGGCUGACGCGACCCUUUGCACGGAGAGAGAGGGGCCUCCCUUCGCUCCACCUCGUUUUUCUUUCAUACGUGUGUAUACACGUAUGUAUUCGGUUUAUUCGGCAUCGAUGAUCCGAUCCGUGAAAAUGAAAAUACACGUCGGACCGCGUGAGAAGAUCUAUCGCGGGAUUAUUUAUUCGGGAACAAAUAACCGAAGCGUUGGCAAUUUGCCCGGGAAUAAAUCACCGAUAAACGGCGAAUAAAUUUUCUGCUUAGGUCGGAAUCGUCGCGAGACGAGCGCGCAGAGUGUAUUUUCGCGGGUGGGGCGCGUCUCGAAGCAAAUAUUGCUCGAUUAAUUCGAGUCGCGCGAAAUAAAUAUUCCCGGAAGGAGGAUAUUCGGAGAGAGGCGGAUUUGGCAGCGAGUCAAAGUUGGGAGCCGUGCGUGCUCCGACCUCACGAUCGUUGAUUAUUUCUUCGUUGUCGGGGAAAUUUGAACAGUCGAACAGCGAGCAAGUUUGCAAGCACGGGGAGCAUUCGACUUACGACUCGAGUCGGGGGCCGCCCCUGUUCGCGCAAUCGAGGCAAGUUCUAACCACCUAGUCGUACACAUCCUAGCUCACUCCGGGGACCAAACAAUUCGCCGCUAUCUCCGGGAGUUUGAAGCUAGUUUCGGGCCUGGCGAGAGAUAAGGCGCAUCCAGGAGAAAGUGUACGGGAUCGUGAUUCCGCAGCGCGAGGAUCAGGAUUCGUUUUGAUACGGUUCGGCCAUUUCCACGUGAAAGCCGGACGACGUCCAGCCCGGAGCGGGACGUGCCUGGCCGUAAUUCGAGCGGAUAAGGGGGAAGGUGGCGGCGGCAAAGUCCACAAGGAGCGCGAAUGAGAAAGCCGUGUAAAAAGGAUCCCGGGGAUUGAGAUGACAGAGGCCGCGACGGGGCACGGCCGUGAACGUGAUUCCUGCCCGAUGCUCGAUCCAACUGUACACACACGUAUAUAUAUAUAUACACACACAUCUCGUUGGAAGAAGCGGCACUUAACUCCUCCUCGGGUUAAACUGUGUGCCGGACGUGACGUGGUUCCCGCCCCUCGAGUUCGAAGGAAUCGAUCCGUUCGAGCGGGCAAGAAAGAUAAGAGGGAACGAAACGGCGCGCUUAAUUAGGGCGGCAGAUUUCGAGGCAGGCGAUCGCGCGAUGCGCAAGAAUUCGGGGGUGGGUCGGUGGCGGGCGAUAAGCCGACUCGUCGGAUCGGGUCGAAUCGAGUCCGAGAGGGUGGAAUGGCAGGGCUGGAAUAGCUGGCGGCAAUUAUAACGUUGUACGAGGCCCGAGCAGUAAAUAAUGGGUUUUGGGCUUGUCCGGUAUUCAGCCAGAGCGUCAAUCACCCUCAAUCAGUUAGCGGGCUCUGGCUGCGACCUAAAUCAGAGGGCGCGGGAGGGAAUACGGAGAGAUGGAGAUAAACGGGAGGGACGGAGGUGGAGGAGGAGCUCGAUAUCGGUCGGCCAGAGUGUCAGUCGAUAAAGGGUGAAUGACAAAGUGGGGGGAGAAGGAUCUAUCAUCCUGGGAUAAAUUUUACGCAUUGAAAAUCCGACAAUGGAAGGUGGUGGACCGGUUAAUUCGAGAAAAUCGUCGCUUCGGGACGAGUGGCGCGACCCACGGUGUGUUCGGCACGGAGAUUUUCUCUCCCCGCUUCGAGUUUUUUGGUGGAUCGCCAAACGUUCUCCCUUCGCGUUAUCCGUCCUAUUAUUUUCCCUUCUCCGCCGCGGCCGAGACGAAAAUAACCGGGCUCGAUUAACCGUAUCGAGCCGUGAAAUCCCUGGGAAUCUCUCCUCCAUCCAGACUCGUCGUGUAAUAAAUUUAAACCGUGUCCGUGAUAUUCGAUUUCCGAGGACGUCGUGUGCACUUACGUCCCCGUGUGUCCCCUCCCCCCGAUGAAACUACAUUAAGGGCAAAUUAUUCGGCGUAAAACAGUAAAAUGUAAAAAGGUUUUGACGGACGAGACGAGCCGGGUGAAGCUUUUAAAAGCUCUCUUUAAUCCCGGAGUCUGACCCCCGCCCCCCUCUCUCUCUCGUUCGAUCGAUUUUCAUCGACUUUUACGCGUUUCCCCGUUCUUCUUCCCCUUCGUGACGGCCUUUCGCUUCGCAGCUCGAUCAAUCCAUGCUGAAAUCCAAUUGCUCGGUCGUCGGAAUAAAUUCGUUUCACCCUUUGAUACGCGGCGCGAGUAUUUUCCUAUCCCCUCUCCCUCGUUCACUUUUAAUUACCGGCAAAGUUUAAAUUUAUUUCCGGGGUUGGAUAACACAGGAAGAAUAUCUCCUAACCCUCGAAUUACUCGACUUGCUAUACGAGAGGCCGAAAUUUAUGAACGGAAGAGAGAUCGCGUGGACGAGUUGAACGAACGAAAAUUUUUACGAAUUUCUUCUCCUUUGCCUCCUAGAAGGAAUGCUCGCGCGAGUUGGUAACGAUCUGGUUCCUAAUUGUUUCCCAAUUCGAUAUACGUCGAAACGUCUCUGUCGUCGAGGCGGCCCCUUUAAUCGAGCCCCAAACUCGAGGGAACUUUCCUCGCAUUGUCGUUCGCCUCCGGAGAGAAUAUUUCUUUCCUCCUCUCAAAUUCCAUCUACGAUCCUUUCGUACUUGUGAGAUACUCACGGUUAAUGGAACGGCGCCGGACGUAAACGGCGGAUGGCACGCGUCGAGGAGGAGGCGCAGUUUACACCGGCUCCGUGUACGGCAGCUGCGAAUCCGAAUUACGCCGCCCUCCCUCUAAUCGAGGCCGACGAGGAGACAUCCCGACCUGGCCGCGUUUAACCCUGGAAAACGCGGCUCGUCUGAUCCGGGACGAAUUCGAUUACUUGGAAAUGCUAAUGAACAUAAGGCGGUUCUGGUAGCGGAACUGGAAAAGGGAGAGAAGGGGACGUGUUCCGUGAGAAAUUACGAAAAAUAAUCGUGGAAAAUUAUCAUGAGAAUGGGUUCGUGGUCGGCGAACAACAAUGCCGUCUGCUCCCAUCUGCAUAACAAUGUUUAGCCGUGAAAACAAAGCUCCGUGACGUAGCGGGUCGGAAAGAAAGAAAGGAAAAAAGUGACGUAUUAACCAGACCCGCGCUUUUCGACAUCCCGAAUUCAGAUUCGUCUCGUUCCGCGAUUGCUCCGUCAACGCGCCGAUAAUUUCGAGCAAUCUUUCGAGGAGGCGGAAUUUCAUCGGCGAACCUUGCCGAGGCGAGUAUCGCGAUAACGGAAAGAGCGAUUGUCUGAUGAAAUUUUGUCAACGCGUCGCAGUCCCUCCGCGCUCUUAUCGGCUCGUUCGUCAAAGGACGGUUUCAUAUUUGCCGAGCCACCUUUAUUGUCGUAGUUUUCGUCGUCCCGUUGUCGAGAAUUUCUCCUGCCUAGAGAGCAGUUUGCGAGGGAAUUCAAUUUAUGAGCUCCCCUUCUCGCGAGCUCGGAUCGGAGAUGGGUUUUUAUUUAAUGGAAACAGUCGUACGCGAGCACGGAGAAGAGGUUGACGAGAGAAAAUUACGAGCACCGUCUAUAUAUAUAUAUUCUUGUCGCGAAUACGAAUCGUCUUGGUCUUAAUCGGGGAAGCUGGUCAAUUUUGUUCGAAAUCCGAACGAACGGGGAGGGAGGAGGAGAGAGAGAGCACGUCACGAUAGCGUCACUCGCAACCGCGCGUCGUUAUUUCCGCGCGUGCGAAUAUUCCGGAAACGUUCACGCCAACUUCGACGAGACUCAUUGUCGCCGACAGCGCGGACGUUGAAAACAAAUAGCUGGAAACGAAACGCUCUUCUUCUCCCGGAGGGAGAAGCCUUCGAAUUUUCAGAUCCGAAAGGGAGUAUAUUCGCUGGCAUCGAUGCGAAAAUCGUUCCGUUUGUAAUUACGAUGGAUGGAAUACGCUCUGUUUGGAAAAAGGGAAGGAAAGGGAAGCUAAAUCGAUGCGAAAUUUCACGGUCGCGCAGUAUAUAUCCCGUGGUACGAUAUACCGACGCCUGCUUCCGCUCUUGUUUACUACCUUCGCUCGCGUUUGUCAUUUUUACGGGGGAAAAAGGAAAGGAAAAUGGCGGACGGUUGCUUUUAAUCGUCCGUCUCUAAUCACUUUGCAAUUUUUCUUUUUCUUCGACCAACCGUGAUUCACUCCUUUGGAAAAGGCGUGUGUAUAAAUUUGUAAAAGCUCGAACACCGAAACAAGUUGGCGAAAACGUCGCGAAAUUAGGCGAGCAAUAAAUAAAGGAGGAGGAGGAGGGAUACGAUAUUCUCGAAGGAGACGCGAGCGGAGUAAAUGGUGGAUGGUCUCCAUUUAUUUCGCCGCUAUUUAUCCUUUGCCCGGAGGACAUGCAUCAUUUUUACGAGGAAAACGCGAAGCCAGAGAGAGAGAGAGAGAGAGAGGAGAAGGUAGAGGUUGCGGUGGAAAAGCAACGUAAAUGGGGCAAAACGUUAAUAAAAAGGGAAAAAGUGGCCUCCCUCUACGUAAUUGCGCGCGUGGAAUAUAGAUGGUCCGUUUGCAUACGGAUAAAAGGGUUGAUCGAAAAGACAAAGUUUCGACGAAAAGUUUUACGCAAGGUUAUCGCCGUGGUGAUUGGUUGCGGAGGGAUGGAAGGUCGAAAAACUUAAUUAACGAAGAGAAAGGUCGGGUUGCUGUAUAUUUAGCCUUCGGCCGGAGGGCAUGUAUCAUUUUUACGAGACGAGCAGAAGGGUUGCUGGGAUGUCAAGUAAGGGAAAGGUGGAAGACGGGGGAGAUAAAACGUUUCGUAAAACAGACGUCGAAUCCGUAUCACUCGGUGGCGCGUCGACGCGGAUCGUGGAAUGAGCUUCCUUGCCGCACCUAACCGUGUCCCCUUGGCCGACAUUCCAAGUGUCGCUUUUUAUUUUUACCAUUUCUCGCCCUCUUUUUCUCUCUUUCGCGCAUAUAUUCUCCCCUUCUCGCGAAAAUCGUUACGCGAUCUUUCGAAAACAGCGCGUCGAUUCUCCACAGGCGAAAUAAUAUCGUUCGCAACAAAGGGCGAGGAUUAUAUUUUAACACGUUUCGAUAAUAAACGUUUUUUUCUUCGUAAAAAAGGGAAGGGAAGAGAAAAAAAACUGCCGGCCGAAACUUUAUCUUCGCGAUUCUUGGCGUUUCUUCGGGGAAAAAUUGUUUCCGGAGGAGUUUGGAAAUCUUUAAAAAUAUGCGCGAAUCGAUUCUCUUUCGCUGCUUUCUUUCAUCGCUAUUUUUCAUCGUCGUCCGUUGAAAAGUUUUCUCGCGAGAGUAAUUUUUACGGGAACCAGUCGACGUAAACGCGAAGAAUCGCGAAACCCCCUAAUUACGGUAUGGUGCGUUACAUGGAACCUGUGCUAAUGCUACAUAAUUAUGGCUCGUUAAACCUUCGUUCCGUAAGCGGUAUUUCGCUUGAUAUUUCCCUCUUUUCUGUUCCCCCCCCUCCUUUUUUUCCAUUUCCAUCUCUUUUUACCGUCCGUUAUAACGCGGAUGUUUUUAACGGCAAUAUUCGUUAAUGAAUAUCACAGAGCGAAACGGUGACUGUUUAAAAUUUUCGUUUCGUUUUCAAGACGAUACGAUCGACCGAAUCCAUCGAAUCCGGAGCGGCGAGUUUACGAGACGUUUAUGAAAUAUUGAAAAAAAAAGAAAAAAGAAGAAAGAAAGAAAAAUAGGAUGGAGCAUUUAUCGGGACAGAAACGAGCGGGAACGUUUUAUCGCUCGAUUUUAAUCGUUAUUUUAUUAUAAUGCCUUUUAUUAAAUUUGCAGCGAGAAGCGAUUAAUAAUUUAUAUUAUUUAUUUAAAAAAGACGCGUAUUCGACGAAUAAAAUAAAUUAAAGGGGAUUUUUGUUAAAUACGCAAGAUAUGAAUUAGGAUGGAUAUCGGACGAAUGUAAACGAUAUGACGCGAUCGCUGUUCUCCUCCGUUCGAAAGAGCAAAACGAUAAUUUUCGCCCUUGCUUUUAAUCCGUUCGAUACGAAGUUCAUCGAUCUCCUACUUCCCCGUCCCUGCUUCCUCUUCGAUCCUUCGUUCCGCGAUUGCGUCGCGCAGCUUAGAAACGGCCACUCGGGCGGAAAAAUUUUAUCGCGGCUUGCCGCCGCUUAAAAAUGACGUGCGCCGUGUCGACGAGUGCGUUAACGACUCCGCCACGAUUUUAUCGCCCGAUCCGUAGCGGCGAGAUGAAAAAUGAGCUCGCGUUCACCUGGCUGUGCGAACCUUGCUUCGACCGGAUUUUUUCGAACGAAGGAUCGAGUUUAGCGAGGAUAUCGCGAGAGCGGCCGUCGUCGAUUAUGAGUGGUCGAUGAGUGGGGAGGAGGUGGGGGGUAAAAUCAACAUUAACCAGCUUUCCAGGGGAAAGGAUGGACGCCCGUGAGAAACCGGUGGCCAAAGCUCAACACUCCUCGGACUCGACCGUGUUCGGGCGGCGGGCGUAUUUCCGCACCGAGUUCCAGAACCCCGCGAUCCUCGUGAUCAAGGACGUCAAGAGGCACGACGCGGCCACUUACAGGUGCAGGGUCGACUUCCGGAAGGGGCAGACGCGCAGCUUUCGCUACAGCCUGAUCGUGAUCGUGCCGCCGGAGCAGCCCACCAUUCUGGACCAGUGGGGGAGGAUAGUGAACGGGACGGCGGGGCCCUACGAGGAGGGCGACACCCCCUCUUUGACGUGUCGCGUCACCGGCGGUAAGCCGGAGCCUGUGGUGCGGUGGUUGGUGAACGGUCGAGUGAAGGACGAGGAGUACGAGAAGAACGCCGGGGACGUGAUAGAGAACAGACUUACCCUGCAGUCCAUCACGCGAUCGCAUCUAGGGGCGAAUUACACGUGCCAGGCGAGGAACACGGACCUGAUCGAGCCGAGGGAGGCCUCCGUUUCCCUGGAUCUUAACCUGAAACCGUUGACGACGACCAUAAGGAGGCCGGGGAGGAAGCAAGUGGGGAACGAGUCCCUGCUCGCCGGGAAACGGUACGAGGUCGAGUGCGAGACGACGGGCUCGAGGCCACCUGCGGUGAUAACCUGGUACAAGGGGCGGAGAAGACAGCUGAAACACACCAAGGAGGAGAGAUGGGAGAAUCGGACGGUGAGCAUGGUAGAGUUCGAGCCAGGCGUGGAGGAUCACGGGAAAUUGAUCACCUGCAGGGCGGAAAAUCCAAACGUGACGGGGCUGUUCCUGGAGGAGACCUGGAAAAUCGACGUCGUAUAUCCCCCGAUUGUCUCGUUGAACCUUGGAUCGACGCUAAGUCCCGAGGACAUCAAGGAAGGCGACGACGUCUACUUCGAGUGUCACAUCAGGGCUAAUCCUGCCUGGUCCAAGCUGACGUGGAUACACGACAACCAGAUACUGGCGCACAACACGUCGGCCAGGAUAAUCUGGUCGAAUCAGAGCCUGGUACUUCAGAGCGUGACCAGGAGUAGCGCCGGGAAGUACGUGUGCGCCGCAACGAAUGACCUGAACGAAACUCGAAGCGAGCCUCUUCAUUUUCGCGUCAAGUUCGCGCCGGUGUGCAAGGAGGACAGGAUCGUGGUGGUGGGGGCGUCGAGGGGCGAGUCGUUGAACAUCGCGUGCAAAGUGGAGGCCGAUCCUCCGGCGCACAAUUUCCGAUGGAAAUUCAACAACAGCGGGGAGACGCUGGAAGUAGCGCAGGGCAGAUUCUCGAUGGAGACGUCGAGCGGCGUGAGCGUGUUCAGGUACACGCCGACCACAGAGCUGGAUUACGGCACUCUGUCGUGCUGGGCGGACAAUUCGGUCGGCAGACAAGCGAGACCGUGUCUCUUCCAGCUGAUAGCGGCCGGAAAACCAUUUCCGGUCCGUAACUGCACGCUCGCGAACCAGACUUACACCAGCGUCGAGGUGAAAUGCGUGGCUGGCUACGAUGGAGGGCUUCCGCAAAAAUUCAUCCUGGAGGUGUACCACGGCGACGUGGAUUUCCUGUCUAGCAGCCAGCCCCUCUAUAACGUUUCGAACGCCGACGAGCCGAGCUUCUCCCUCGCGGGAUUGGAGGCGUCCGUCGAGGCGGGGGUGCACGUAGCCGUGUACGCGGUGAAUGCCAAAGGUCGAAGUCAACCAGUCAUUCUGAGCGAGGUCACCUACAGGGACGCGGAGAAACGCACCGGACAAGACGCCGGGAUCGUGUUAUCGCCCUUGAUAGGGGUCGUGGUCGGGGCGUUGGUCACCCUGGUGCUCGUCAUACUCGUGGUGGUGGUACGCGUGCGUCGGGAACGCGUGUCGAAGCCGCGCCACGAAAAACCGGCGGAGCUGAGCGAGCUACCCCCUCAACAGUACCCGCUGCAGAACCCCCAGCAAACCGUGGAAACGGACCCGGACGUUAUUCCCAAUAAAUUUGAGGGCAGCCUGGCGGAAGUGAGCCCGCCGAGUUAUCCAGGUGGAUAUCCCCCGGGACACUGGGUCACGCCCGGGCCUACGCCAAGCAUAGAGGAGCUCUGCCACAAAUUCACGGGCAGACCGACGGAGCUGAGGUUACCAUCGAGGAGCACGCUGGCGAGUUUACAGAGCAUGCCCAUGACGGGAGGAGCGGUGAUGGGCGGCGGUGGACAGGGUGGCGUCGUCCCUCUAGGAGGUGGCCAAGGUGUCGUCGUUGCGGGCGAGUGUCUGGACGGAGAGGCGAUCAAAAGGCGAUUGAUGGCGAACAGGCUGCCGGAGAGCUGCGUCUAGGACUUUCCUAGUCGAAAACGCGGGUGCUCGUUCGUCGCCGGACACUGGAAAGGCUGGAGUGCGUAAGGACGAUCCAAGCGAAAAACUUUCCAGCACGACGGUAUCCGCCGAAAUUCUUUUCCCGAUACUCGGCCAAAAUUUCCUCCUCUCUCUCCCCUUCUUUCCUUCCCGUCUGGAGAACAGGGGAAAGGGAAAGAAAAAGGAAGAAGAAGGAGAAGAAAGAUGAAGUUGGAAAACUUGCCGCUGAAGAUGUUCCGAAGCAGUGGUCUUUCCGCGCUAUUCUCGCGCGCGUCUUUCACCUCCAAGCAACGGGACCAGCCAUCCGAUUCCUGUAUAAUUGGCGAUCCUCGAACGAAAUGCGGCUCCCAACGAGAAUCUUCUUCUUUCUCCCUUUUUUUCGAUUACACGAAACGAAUGAAUUCGCAGUGUCCGAUCGAAUCCUCCGCCGAGAGAGAGGCUCGGCGAGAAAAGAUAAAGGUUGAUUCCGUGCCAGCCUGUUCCGAUCCUUGGCCGGCGGAAUGAAGAUGGAUCGAGGAACGGGGCGAGAAUGCGCGGGAGGAGGAAGAGGAAAGGAGAGGAGAUAACGCGACUGUGGGGGGAGGAGAAGGAAGAGCGAGGUUGAUCGAGGCUGAUCGAUCAGUCUCGGUUCCGACAACGGGAAAACGUACGUUCGCGGAGUGGUAGUUUGUUACGAAACGCGAUUUUAUACGUCGUCAUCGACUUUUUCUUUUUCCAUUGUUUUCACCUCUUUUCCCAAAUUCGCUCGCGCGAUUCAAAGUUGCGUCGCGACCAACCACAGACUCGUCCUAUCUUUCUCACUCGACGAGCGGAAUCGACAAUAAACGUGAAGCCGAGCAUCGCGAUUGCGUCGAGUCGAAGUUCGGGCGAACGGUCGGUAAGUCAGUUUUUCAUCGCGUCGAAAAAUUUCCAGAAAAGAAGCAAUUGUCAAAUGCUGACCGUUCUGCUAAUUUCGAUUCCUUUUUCCUUUUUGCGGGAGGCGAAAUAAGCGCAGCGCAGGAAGAGGCGCUUUGCAUACGUACACACGGAUGAAAAAUUGAAUUUGCAAGGUCGGGCUUCCAUUCGUGGCGCUUAGGCGACGGAGUCAUGAGGCUUGACGGGUUGGAAGCUAGAAGUAAAAAGUGACAAAGUAUAUUCCUAAGAGGACGAAGCGACGCGAAACUUUGUCCGAAACUCUCGCUCGAGCUUUGAACGAAUGUGAAUCGAGAGAUGGAAAGUGAGCGGAAAGCGGAAUAUAAAUGUCAAGUUAUCGCGUCGCGAUUUCUAACUCGUCCAGCGUUUGCGCUCGCUUCUCCUUUUCCUUUCGGUGCGCUGAUUAAGGGGAGGGAGAGAGACGGAGUAAGGAGAGAAGCGAGAGAAAGAAAAAGAGAAAAGGUAACCAAAAACUCGUUAGUUAAUGUCGUAUCGUUGUACAUAAUCGCAUGUAUCGUUGAAGAGUCUCCCCUUGUGCGGAGGGGAGGUGACGCAAGAAUGUCGUAAUUUCGAUGUUCGUUUCGAUGCCAUCGUUCACGGGAUUCAUCGAUCUUCUCGUUCGAGUGACGGUCGUCGACGGCUCGUUAUUUUCCUCCUAAAAACCGAUCUCUGUUAAUUAAGAAUUCGCGCGGCACGGCGACGAAAUAGAUGGCGAUUCGGGAGAAAUUUUCUAUGGAAAAGUAUCCUCGAAGGGUAUCUCGUGGCACGUCGAUCGUCGAUGUGAAAUUUAAUAUUUUGAAAAAACGAGCCGAUCGACGGGAUCACGCCUUUUUCACGUCCAUGAACAUUAGCCUAAAUGUAAAAGGGAAAACGUCCGUAAUCCGGGAGAUCGAAUUUUUUCCCCAGCGUGAUAAGAAGCCGAGAAUCAACGUCGAUCGUAUCGCGUAAUGCUCGACAACGUUUCGUUUCCCCUCGAAGAGGGAGAAGAGGAGGAGACGAGACGGGAUUCGAGUUUUCUUUUGCGGACCUCUCUUCUUUUUCUAUAUAUAUAUAUAUAUAUACAUAUACAUACAUAUAUAUAUAUAAACUCUCCUUUUUUAUAACAAAUAUUUCGACAAAUAUUUCGACGAUGAUCGAAUUCUUGGCUAACGAAGGAAAAGAAGAAGAAGAAGAAGAAGAAGAACGCCGCCUGUCGUACGAGAAAGGGAUACGAUACGAAAGACUAACGAAUACGUGUACAUAAUCGGCAAGAUGAAGAGGCGAGGGUUAAAAUGUAAAUCGAAUUGUAUUUUAAGUUCACUGUAUAGGGGGAGGGGGUGAUUUCAUAUCAGAACUCCGUAUCGUCUAUUAAACUCGUAUGUAUAUACUACAUAAAGUUUCGAUCUGAAUAAACUGUUUAACUGUCCGAA